AUGUUAACUUUUUGGGGCCAUAUUGCACUCUCGUCUCCUCAUCAGGCAUCUUUGUUUGUGGUUGAAAAAACUGAAAAAGAAUCUCGAUUAUUAGAAGAAACAAUAAAGGAAGAUCAAUGUUCCUGGGUAAACUCAACAAGGAAGACUCAUUUAGCUGUGAUUUUCGGUCGUACUGUGGAUAGUCAGUUGCAGCUCUUGAUAGACUAUUUCAUUAGAGAUUUUGUGGCACGCUGGUUGAAAGAAUUGGCACAUAAACCUGAACCAAUAAUUGAUAAAUUCAAGGAACAUAUCUGGGGUGCUGUGCAUACACUGUAUGAAAGAUUAUUAAGGGUGGAUGCAGAGAAGUUGUUAGCAAAUGAUAUAGUGACCAAAAUAACACAACAUUUUGAAAGAAUAAGAAUUGCUAGGAGUUGUGCUUUAGAACUAAACCAACCCCCCGUAUUUGCCCUUGCACCGCAUUUGAUGUCAUCUGAAACAGAACUGCAUUAUCUACGGCAGAUUAGUGAAUUGCUUAUAAUGUUUCUAAUGCCUCGCUGCUACUCCCUAACACCAGUUUCCCAUCUAUUGAGAGAGAUUUUAGCUUGUAAAAUUUUGCAGCCUGCUAUCAACCUUAUCACAGAACCUGAUUACAUUAAUCAAAAGAUAAUUCAAUAUUUGGAAGCACAGAAAGAAGUGGAUGCCAUGCAUGUAAGAACACAUGAGUAUGCAAAGACUUUUGAAGAUUACAUCAGGCUCAUAAAUAGCUGCAAUAAUAUUGACACACUUAAGCGGCUACGUUACGAUAUAGUUACACAAAUUAUGCAAGCAACAACACUUCAAAAUAUGAAAAGGGCAAAGGGUAUAGAUAUUGAUGUCAUAGAGAAAAGCAGCAACCAACACAAUAUUAGUCGGCAGCAACUGACUGAUGCUAAAAAACUCAAAAGAUACAUCAAUCAAUUAACAAUUGCAAAGAUUGAGUGUGAGAAUGCUUUAAAGAAACUUGGCUGGGAUGGAGCUUUUCCUGCUUUGGAAUCCGAUAGCAAGACUUUACCAUUGCACAAAGUUAUGGAGAGCGUAACUGGGCGCAGGUAUCUCUCUAUGUUCUUGGAGACCAUGUGUUCUCAAGGACUUGUGGGCUUUUGGAUGGCGGUUGAAGAGUUGAGGCAUAGCCCAAGAAGCAGUUGGCACCAGUUGGGAGCUGAGAUUUUUUACACAUACAUUAGGUCGCCCAGCGCAGAAAUAAAAGUAGAUAAGGAUACUAGGAAGAGAAUGGAGGCAUUCCUAUUAGGAGAUAAGGGCCCCGAAGUAUUUUAUGAAGUUCAGGAUACUGUAGUGGAUACUAUCCAAGAAAAGUAUUACUCCUCUUUUCUGUUAAGCGACCAGUACAAAGCUUUAAUUGCUGAACUCGCCAAGGAAGAAGCUAAUAAAGAUAUAAGCACGGAGAGAUCGCCCGUCGAGGAUCGGCAACUCUCCAACGAGUCCGCGUCGUCAGCGGAAAGCGCUGGCGGCACCAUCCAUCUCACCGAGCACUCAACCUACGCGAGAAGGAAACUCGACCAGCUGCAGGAGAGGCACAAUAACAAGACGCAGGCGCUGGCAGCGCUGCGCGCGUCGCUAAAGCCGGAGUCGCCCGCGCUGGCGAUGCUGGCCAACGAGGUGGAGCGGCUGGCGGGCGAGCAGAUGCGCCUCGAGGCCCACCUGGCGCGCACCGACACCUGGGCGGAGCACCUGGGCAGGUGGCGCGCCUCCGUGCACAGCGCCGAGGUUAUAGACGAAUCAAAGCCGCCUCAGUUCGUGAUAGUGGUGCAUAUGGCGGAGCAGGAACCCACCGCUGAUGAAGAGAGGCCGGAGCAAAUAUCAACCGGCUGGGUGCUCCUCAGGACGCUGAAUGAGUUUCAGGAGCUGCACCGAAAAUUAAGGCCGAUGUGCUCGGAGCUCAAGAACUUGGAGCUGCCGUCGAACUCAUUCAAGUUUCUGUUCGGAAAGAACGAUAGGAACUCCCUGGAAAAAGCGAAGACUUUGAUACAGAAGUAUCUAGAAUUUGUCUUGGAGGAUGACCGUUUGAAUCAAUGCGAGGCUCUUUAUACAUUCCUUAACCCAAGUUCCGAGUAUCUGAAGCAAGGAGAUCUGCCUAAGAAGAAUAAAUUUUCAUUCUCUACUUUGUUCAAAAGCACAAGUAGCGACGCUACUAACAGGUCCUCGCAGGAUAAGGAGACGUUCGCGCACACUUCGGCCGACGACGAGGAAAUGUCGCUGUACCUGGACGGGAACGGAGCGGAGUCCAACAAGAACAUGACGAGCUCGAUGCGAGGUACGGGCCCCAUGUCCGAAGAGAGGGACAGCAUAGCGGAGCCGUUGUACGCCCUGCUAAGCGAGGUCUUCGACAUGCGGGGCGUGUUCAGGUGGCUUCGGAAGACAUUGGUCACGUUCGUGCAAAUCACCUACGGCAGGACCAUAAACAGGCAAAUCAAGGAGACAAUAUCGUGGCUAUUCUCAGAGCAUAUGCUUCAUUAUUACAUUAGUAUUGUGAUCAAAUCUUGGUGGCCCGGAGGCGUUCUGAGCGAAAACAGUUCCAACAGAAAUUUACGAGAUAAAGAGCACACGCGCACGUUGGCGCUUCAGCAGCUGACGGAGAGCGUGGUGGGGGCGCUGUCGUCGCUCGUGGGCGCGCACACAGCCGCACGUGGCGCACACAAACUGUUCCACACGCUGCAGAACACCACGCACAACAAACAGCUGUUCUACGAAAUUUUCGAACUUGUUCUGCUGGAAGUGAUCCCUGAGCUCAAACGCUACCAA